GGGGCUCGAGCACAGCUUGGCUGGCUUGUACCUAAACACGGUCCGGUCCCGUCUGAUCGAAGUCGUGAAAAUAUCAUUUUUGCCACUCUUCACUGUCUUCGGUUCAGAAACCGCAACCUGGGAAGAGAAACUAGAGUCUCUCUCCAGAGCGGGAAAAGUUAAUCUCAAUUAUUUUUUUAAGAUUUAGGGUUUUUUUCUUUUUGCGAUUGAGAUGGAGACGACGAACGUGGUGGUUGAUCAAGAUCAGCAAUGGCUACUCAAUUGCUUGUCUGCUACUCUUGACGCUAACCAAGAAGUGCGCUCCUUCGCCGAAGCAUCCCUCCAUCAAGCUUCUCUUCAACCAGGUUUUGGUGGGGCACUUUCCAAGGUUGCCGCAAACAGGGAGAUUUCACUAGGAUUGCGCCAGCUAGCUGCUGUCCUUCUAAAGCAUUUUAUUAAGAAACAUUGGCAGGAGGGCAGUGAGUCCUUUGAACAUCCACCGGUUUCAAGUGAAGAAAAGGCAGUUAUACGCAGAAUUCUUCUAUUAUCGUUGGAUGACUGUCACAGAAAAAUCAGUACAGCAAUUAGUAUUGCUGUUGCAUCCAUAGCAGUCUAUGAGUGGCGGGAGGAGUGGCCUGAUUUGUUGCCUUUUCUAUUGAAGUUGAUAAAUGAUCAAACCAACUUAAAUGGAGUGCAUGGUGCAUUAAGGUGCUUGGCUCUUCUCUCUGGGGAGUUGGAUGAUACAGUGGUGCCAAAACUAGUUCCUGUUUUGUUCCCAUGCUUACAUAAUAUCAUAUCUUCUUCUCAGGCUUAUGACAAAUAUUUGCGUGCAAAAGCCCUAUCAAUAGUUUAUUCUUGCAUUUCCAUGCUUGGAACAAUGAGUGGUGUAUACAAGGAAGAAACAAUUGCAUUGAUCACACCAAUUAUUAAACCAUGGAUGGACCAGUUUUCUAAUGUCCUAAUAACUCCAGUGCAACCUGAAGAUCCUGAUGAUUGGACCAUGAGGAUGGAGGUUUUAAAGUGCUUAAAUCAGACUGUUCAAAAUUUCCCUUCUGUUGCUGAAACCGAGGUUAUGGUUAUUGUGGGACCAUUGUGGCAAACGUUUGUGUCAUCUCUAGGAGUUUAUGUCCGAUCAUCAAUUGAAGGUACUGAGGAUUCAUAUGGGGGUACAUAUGAUUCAGAUGGUGCAGAGAUAAGCCUUGAUGCCUUUGUGAUACAGUUGUUUGAGUUUCUGUUGACUGUUCUGGGUACUCCAAAGCUAAUCAAGAUUAUUGGGAAUAGUUUUAAGGAGUUGGUGUACUACACUAUAGCCUUUAUGCAAGUGACAGAACAACAGGUCCAUACUUGGUCAAUGGAUGCCAAUCAGUUUGUUGCUGAUGAGGAUGAUGUAACAUAUAGCUGUCGUGUUUCUGGUGCGCUUUUGCUAGAGGAGGUUGUGAGUUCUUCUGGUCAUGAAGGAGUCAUCGCUAUUGUGGAUGCUGCAAGAGAACGAUUUGUUGAGUCUCAACAACAGAAAACUGCCGGUUCUACUGUUUGGUGGAGAAUGAGGGAGGCUACUUUGUUCGCUUUGGCUUCUGUGUCGGACCAGUUGCUUGAAGCAGAGGCUUCAGGUCAGACCAGAAUUAACUUGGAAAAACUCAUAGCACAAAUGAUUAUAGAAGACAUUGAUACAGGGAUGCAAGAAUAUUCCUUACUUUAUGCUCGCAUUUUCACAACUGUUGCUAAGUUCUCUGCUGUGAUCGGUGAUCGAGUCAUUGAGCACUUCCUCCAUGUUGGUAUCAAGGCAAUUGGCAUGGAUGUGCUCCCGGCAGUAAAAGUAGGGGCUUGCAGGGCGCUUUCCCAGCUUCUACCUGAGGCAAAAAAAUAUAAUAUUCAGCCUGAAUUGAUGGGUUUAUUUUCAUCACUUAUAGAUCUCCUUCAUCAGGCAUCUGAUGAAACGUUGCAGUUGGUACUUGAAACACUGCAAGCAGCAAUUAAGGGAGAUUUUGGAGCAUCAGCUAUGAUAGAACCUAUUAUCUCCUCUGUAAUUCUUCAAGUGUGGGCAUCGCAUGUUUCUGAUCCUUUUAUCAGUAUUGAUGCAAUCGAGGUUCUCGAGGCACUUAGAAAUACUCCUGGUUGUAUCCAGCCAUUAAUUUCUCGAACAUUACCAUUUGUUGGACCAAUCUUGAACAAACCAUAUCAACAGCCUGAUGGAUUGGUAGCGGGGUCGUUGGAUCUCGUGACAAUGCUAUUGAAGAAUGCUCCAAGUGAUAUUGUAAAAGCAGUGUAUGAUGUUUGUUUUGAUGCUAUUAUCCGGAUAGUCCUUCAAAGUGACGAUCAUAGUGAAAUGCAGAACGCAACAGAAUGUUUGGCUGCUAUUGUGUCUGGAGGAAGGCAAGAGUUACUUGCUUGGGGAGCUGAUUCUGGAUUUACUAUGAGAAGUUUGCUUGAUGCAGCUUCGAGGCUUCUUGACCCUGAUCUGGAUAGCUCUGGAUCUCUUUUUGUUGGGAGUUACAUUUUGCAACUUAUUUUGCAUCUGCCAUCACAGAUGGGGCAGCAUAUACGAGAUCUUGCUGCUGCUCUUAUUAGACGUAUGCAGUCUGCUCAAAUUGCUGGGCUGAGGAGCUCAUUGCUACUUAUUUUUGCUAGACUGGUCCAUAUGAGCAUCCCUAAUGUUGAGCAGUUUGUUGACCUGCUGAUUAGUAUCCCAGCUGAAGGCCAUGCAAAUUCUUUUGUUUUUGUAAUGUCAGAAUGGACUAAGCAACAAGGUGAAAUUCAGGGAGCUUAUCAAAUUAAGGUCACAACUAGUGCUUUGGCCUUAUUGCUGUCCAGUAGGCAUGCAGAAUUGGGAAAAAUAAGUGUACACGGGCAGCUGAUUAAGUCUGCUGCAGGGAUAACCACUCGCUCAAAAGCAAAAUUAGCCCCAGAUCAGUGGACUUUGGUGCCGCUUCCUGUAAAGAUAUUCUCUUUGCUGGCAGAUGCUUUGAUUGAAAUCCAAGAACAAGUUGGGGUUGGUGCUGAUGAUGUGGAUAGUGACUGGGAAGAAGUUCAAGAAGGGGAUGUGGAUUCAGAUAAUGAUUUGAUGUAUUCAGCCAAUGGUGUGUCAUUUGGCAAAUCCUCAUAUGACCAUCUUGAAGCAAUGGCAAAGGCAUUUAAUGAGGAGGAUGGUGAUGACGAUGAUGACACAUUCACUGCUACUGAUUCACUAAAUGAGAUUAAUUUGGGAAAUUAUCUCACGGAGUUCUUUGUGAAAUUCUCAUCUAGUGACAGACAACUGUUUGAUCAUCUUUGUCAGUCUCUGACGGAGGCUCAACAGAAUGCUUUAAGAAAAUCACUAAGUUGCUGAGGUCUUGAUUUUGUAUAUGAAGUCUGAACUGCCGAGUUCUAUGUGAUCAAUCAAAGAGGGAAUUCCAAUUUCUUAGCCAAUGCCCGAGUUGUAAUCUGUGUUCCUAUUUUUUCUUCGCAUCCAAAAAUAUGUUUUCUAUUGUUGGUAUAUGUAGAAAGAUCAUCCUUUGUACAUAAACUAAGUUGUUUUAUUCUUUUGUAUUCCUUUCGGUUGUCUUUUGCCCUUUUUUCUGGUUGGGGCAUUGUGUCUGGAAAAUGUUUGGUUAGUGCAUACUGCAUAGUGAAUUAUGUAAUUUUGAGCCUUGUUUUUUCUUUCUUCUUCUUCUAGGUCA